AUGGCGAAGAAAGCUGCGAUUAUUCGCCAGGUGGAAGGCGGCCGACCUCAGUGUGAAGUUGCUCGCGAGUUUUCGAUUUCCAAGCAAACCGUCUCAAACUACCUGAACCAGAAGGAGAAGAUUCUGGAGGCUGCAGAAAAAGUGUCUGCAGGUACGCAGAAAAAUUUCCGUGACGGCAGCUAUCCGAAGCUUGAAGAGGCGCUGAACUUGUGGUUGAGUGCCAAGGUAGCUAAGAAAAUACCCGUGUCUGGCGAUCUGCUAAAACAGAAAGCAGAGACGCUCGCCCUGCGCAUGGGUAUUACCGGCUGCAAGUUCAGUGAUGGCUGGUUACGUAACUUUAAGAAAAGUGGGAAGAGCUACGUCGUGGAUGUGCUGUCGGCCAUCAGCAUCUUGUCCGAUGCCUGGAAGGCGGUGACUCAAGAAACAGUCCACAACUGCUUCCGCCACGCAGGAUUUGUCAACACUGAGAGUGGGGAUGAAGACAGUGCCACAGACCUGGACCCCGCGGUUGAGACUCCGCCUACCGCAGCAGCGGACAUUUUGGACGACCUCCAGUUGGACGAUGAUGAGAUCGUUCGCCAGGUCCUCGAGCCGGCGCAGGUGGACAGCGACUCCAACGAUGAUGCGCCGCCCACACCACAGCCAUCAAAUGUGGAUUUAGCACAGGCUGUGACAGUGCUGUUGUCUGCAUACAGCGAUGGCCAGACCCUGGCCGAGAUACAAGCCAACUACGUCGCGCAUGUUCCAUUGAGCAACAUCGACCUCAAGUUUCUGCCGCCCGACACCACUUCUAAGCUCCAGCCUCUAGACCAAGGAAUCGUCCGUGCCUUCAAAGCGAUUUACAAGCAAAGGCUCAUCGAGCAGCUGCUCAUUCGUCUUCGAAUGAAUGAAGACCUGAAAAUUGACUUGUUGGGCGCCAUACAGAUGCUUAAGGCUGCUUGGGAGAGCGUGAAGAAAGAAACGAUCACAAACUGCUUUCGGCACGCUGGCCUCACCGUUGGCACUGAGGCAGUUGAAGAGCCCACCGAAGAUGUUGAGGGCUCUGAAGAGGUUGUCGAGCUUGACGAAAUGUGGAGCGAUUUUUCACCAUUGGUGUGCAACAUGUCGGACACGCUGACACUGAACGACUUUGUUGGCGACGACGAUGUGUCAAGGCAGUUGCCGAAUUGA